AUGGCUGUCCGAAGCAGUUGGUUGACUCCUAGGCUCGUCACCAGCCUAUUCGACUCCAUCGUUAGCGACAAUAGAUUAGAUAGAACAGGAGCUUUCUCUGCAAGCAUUUUCCAAGCUUACUCGAUUGAACACAUCGAUGCUUUCAGAAAAUACCCUGGCUCUCGUGCCUAUCACAACGUCUGGCCUGCUGGAGUUUUUUCGGCUGGCGUCAUUAGUGGCAUUGAUUCUGACCCAGAUGGAGGCGGAGAAUCCAUUGAGAUGCUGGCCAAAGGAGACGACGACAGCAAUACUCAUGAUGAUCAUGCCCGAAACCAGUUAAAUCAAGAAGAUUGUAAGAGUCUAAUAUAUGAAGGUGCCGAUAGUCAAGAAUAUAACAAGGUCGAGGAUGUGUCAAUGCAAAGUGUUGAAAUGAAUGGUAGUGAUGGCACCGAUCUAAAUGUAAGUCACGGCCGACAUGGAUCUUUAGGAGGAUGUGGACAUUGA